AUGGAAAUGUUUAGUCAAAAAGGCAACGUUACGAAUAUUCGACUUGUAUUUACUUACGAAAAAAAUAAUUGCUGCUUUGCAUUAAUAACGUAUCAAAUCCAAGAAGAAGCCAAAACUGCUCUAAUCCAUUUUGACAAGACCUAUCUGGACUCGUUUUCAGUACGUAUCGGUAUAGAAUACUCACGAAAGAGGUAAAUAUAGUUUAUUAUUUAUACACAUAUACAAUUAACUGUUAUUAUUCUACAUAGGAAAAUACAGUAGAAGCCGCUUGAUAGGAACACUUUUGGACCGAUGUGUCAAAUGUAUCAAUUAACACCGAUUGUUUAUAACAAGCGAUUGGUUUUAUUUAUUGAAAAAAAAAAUAUAUAUAUAUAUGAUAUAAAAAAAAAAGGAUAAUUAUAUGAAAAAUAAAAUAAAAAAUGUAUAUCUUAUAUAAAAUAUGUAUUUAUAGACGUGUGCUUUUUUGCGUCGAGUAACUUGCACUAGUAAUCAACAGUACAGUAUAAUUAACAACUCGCAUUUCUGUUCCGAAUUUAAAUCUCGAAGUCUAGACAUUAUAGUUUUCUAGAAAAACCAAACACUAACAACUUUUACGUACCUUUAUAAGAGUUGGAGGUGGGUAAAAUUUGGAAAAGUGAACCGACCGAUCUCAAGUAUAUAUAAUCGAAAAUUCAAAUCAGUUUUAAAAAGUAUUAUCAUCUCAUUUCUAGGUCGAACGGUAUGACGGACAAAAGACUAGUAUGUUUUGGUUAAAACAACUGAUCGCCACCAAUCCCCAAUCACCAGUCACAGUAUUUCAUUAUUAGUAUAUAUAUAUAUUAUACAACAUUUGGUAUUAUUUACAUUAUAGUUGAUGAAAUUUCGUAUAUUUUCCCGUUUUUUUUUUUUUUUUGGUUUUUCACAUUUAUUGAGAAAAUAAAAAAAUGACUUCAUUGAAGUACCUCCUCACACUGACUUCCUUCCAGAAAAAGCGCUACACUUAAAAGUCGGAGGAAGAUUUCUAGUAGAAAAGUUGCGCAUAGAUGAAAAAAAAAUAUAAACAUCUUUGUAAAACCACAAGGCUUUUCGCUCCAUUUAGAAUUUUUAAAUUUGUCCAUGAAUAAUAGGGACGGGUGCAGCUAUAGGUAUGAAAUUAGGAAAGUAGUAGAAGGGAAAUUUAAUGUUCCUAUAUCUGUAAGCAUGUUUUUAAUCAUAUGUAAACCUAUUGCCGAUUAACCAACGAUAAUAGAGUCAGAAUUUAGUUUCGAAAUCAUAGCGUUUUGAAGCUCUAAUCGUAUGCGGACAUUAUAUUUGUUAUGUUAAAAUAACUCAAUAUUGUCUAGUGGUUGUACUUAAAACUCUUUUUGCACAAAACUCGGGUUCAAACCCGUAAAACCACGUCAAAUAGGUAAUGGGGAAAAAACAAAUGCAUUUUGUUUCGAAAUAUAAAAUUGAUUCUAAUGUAGUAUUUUUAUUUUUAUAAGUUUUAAAAUCAAAUCUUGACGAAAAUAAUUUUAGUAAUUUUACGGAUUUUCAAAACACGUAUAACCGAACUUCAUUCCGAAUUUUUUUUUCGUUAUCAAUAGUUUAUCGUUGGUUACAGGUAUAAAUUGGAUAACUAAAUGUAUUACACCUUCCUCACUAGCCACCUACAACACUGGCUACACUCGUCACCAGUAUCAGAUUUUUUUUUUUUUUUUAUUAAUUUGUCUAUUUUUAUUCUUCUCAUUUAAAUUUCUGUAUUAUAGGUAAUUAACCAACGCUCCCCGAAAUCCUGCGUAAUUCUAUGUUUACGUUUAAAAUUUAUGCGAGUGAAUUUCGGAAUAAAUCAAGCAAUUGGUAUGACAUUUACGCAACUAAUGCAAAAGAAAUUGCACAGCGUAUUCUACGAGUAUUUAUGCAAAGUACAAAAAAUUAAUUCUAAAGUUCAGAAACUCACGGAGGGAUUCAAUAAUUAAUUUCUGUAUAUACUUAUUGAUACAUGCUAUUAUUAAUUUAGAUAAAUUUGUCUGGAAACAAUUUCUUCUUAGAAAUGUUGAAAUUAAAAAAAUACAGCUUGAAAUAUUAACAAUUGUCUACAAGUAUAUAAUACAUAUUAUAAUUGUAUAGACAAUAUGUUAUAUAAUAGCAUAAACAAUAACAUGAUAAUAAAAAUAAUAAUUGUUAUAAUGGUUAUUAGAUUCAUUGGUAAGUUAUGUGAUAAAGGAACGAUUUGUCCAGAUUUUAUGAGUUGAAUAAUAGAGAAAAUUAUGUACACUAUACACGAAUUCGAAACAAUUCGAUGUUUGUGCUAUUUUUAUCGAUUGAAGCACAAGUAAAUCACCUCGUGAAAAACAAGUAAAUUACUAUUAUUAUAAAAAUUAAGAGAUUUAUCGAGAUAAUAUUAUUAACAAAUGAUUAUUUUACAAUUUUAACUUUUCUUACAGUGGCCGGUAGUAACCAAUAACUUUUUCUGAGGCAGCGGUUCAAUUCUUUUGCAGAGAUAUUAUUAACCACGGUUUACGCAUUUGAAAAUAUGGAAGUAUAUUGAACAUUAGUAAAUAGUCGUCAAAAAGAGUUUUGAUGAAGACCGAUGUUCAUGUCAUAUGUUUAUUAUUAUGACGUGAUGACGACGACCAAAAAAGAAAAAAAAAACAACAUUAGGUACCUAAAUUUUAUUUAAAUAAACCUCAAAAUAUCAACCGGAUAAAUUAUUAUCAAUUUAUAAUAAUGCAUUAAUUACGUAUUUAUUUUUUUAGAGAACUAGCUAAUCGGUUACAUCAGAGACGCACAUUUUAAAUUAACCUACAUACAAAGGCUAUAUUUUUUAGUAUCUAUUGUAAAAAUAAAUUAUACCUAUUCAGAAAUAAUUUCGAUUAGAUAGCUAAUUACUCAGUUAACGUGAUAAAAAAUUAUUGGACAACAUGAUUGCAUUUGUAUUAUUUAUUGAAUUUUUAAUGAACAUUAUUUUAUAUUAUUUUAGGCGUUUAGUAGGUGUUAUUAGAAAAUUGUGUUGGACAUGGAAAUAGAGUAUCAUUAUAACGACUAUUCAAUGUUUCAUCAAAUCAAUAGUCUAACUACAAUAAAUUUAUCAGUAAUAGAACAAAUUAAAUCGGCCCACAUAGCAUUUAGAAAUUAAUUAUAUUUUUAAAAUAUAAUAUGUUAUUACUUGUUUUUUUCUAAACAAUUUCUAAAUUAUUUUAUUAUUCUUGAGAAAAUUUUUUUUUUGUUGGUCAACAAAAAUAUUUAAUUGAUAUUUUCCAACUUACUCUGCAUACAAAUGUCAAUAUUUUGUGUGUUUUUUUUUUUUAUAAUAAUACCUACAUAAAUUAAAUACAACUUAAUACAAUUGUUAUAAAUUCAAAUUCUAGCUUUUGUCCGAGUAUUUUUCUUAAAAUAUGCUUGUGAAUAUCAAGAAAUUUGUUGACGGUUUACGCACUGCUCAGUUUUCUCAUGGAAAAGUACCACAUCGAUGGAUCGAAUAUAUGAAUAAAAAAAUAAAAAAAUAAUAUUUAUAAUAUUAUUUAUUGGUUCCUAUUACCAAAGUUAUUGUUUUAAAAAUGUCGGCCGUUAUCAGACGAUUAUUGAAACUAUAAUUAAAUGCCGAAGUAUUUACAUGAAGUCAAGUCCUAAAAAUACCGUAACAAAACUUCAGGCAUUUUCUACCAUUCCAGUGAUUUACUUUAUAGUUUGUCAUUACGUCGGUUCUGAGUAAAACAAAAAACGAAGUAAAACUAAAAUUUUAAUAACGUACGUAGUGAGUUACGUGGAUGAUGUAUGCAUUCUUGAUAACCGAUGGAAUUUUCAGUAACAUUUCUAGUUUACCUUAAUCAGGUUUUAUAUUAUAGUUUAAAAUAUUUUCAAUAAUGCUAAUACAUUUUGCAGUUCUAGUCAUAGGAUAACAGUACAAUACUUUGUUGGAAUAGUUUCAAAUUGGAAAAAGUUGUCGUUACGUAUUCUUGCAAUGCCAAGGGAUUCAUUGAUAUACCAAUUUAGAAUUUCUACCUGUACGAACAGUGAAGUAUUAACAUAGUGAAGUAGACCCGAACCAUUUUAUUUAUUUAUUUGUAUUUUACGCGUAAUUACAGGAAAGCUCUGGCAGUGGUGGCAAAGACUUUUGGAGAGUCAUAAAGACAGAAAGAAGAAGAAUACAUGACUGCAAGUGUACUCUCAAAUUCCAAAAAUUGAUAUAA